AUGGCCUCGCCAAUUGAGGAGAGACCAAUGGCUGUGCCAAGAAAAAGAAUGGCCAAAGAAAACCAUGAGGGUAGCUCUUCUGCCAAGAAAGGCAAAUCGUAUGCCUCAAACCCAUACAUUGAUGACGAGGCCUCGUGUCAAAAUGACACUGAAGAAUCCAAUACAAUCAGUGUCGUCGAACCAGUAGAGGUUCCUACCACCCCUUCCAAGGAGGCGGAUGCUAUCAUUACCCCAACUGUCGCAAUUCGACAAAACAUGUCGAUUCUAAGCGCUCCACUCCGACUCAAGGCAAUCAGAACUUACGAUGUCUUGGGAAAGUGCAUCCAAUACGUCGGAUGUUAUCACUUUUUUUGUUUCUUGGCAGAAUCGAAAUUACAAGGCCAAGGAACACAUAAAAAACACAUGCAAGCAAUCAAAGACGGUCAAUCCAUUAAAUACCAGACCAGACUUUUAAAAGCUGCCGGUAAAAGACACAAUGUGUUACUUAAGGACUUUAAGUACGGCGCUCUUGCCAUUGUAAUUCCUAACUCCGUUGCAGCCUUUGAGCGAUGGAGCUGGGAAAAAUUCCCAAACAUUCAUUAG